AGCUGACAAUAACAGACCAUUUCCACUCUUCACUUCCCUCUCUCUACUUCACUUCCCGGCGGCGACUCUCACAGGAACCCUACAGGCGGUGGUUCUCUUACCAAUGGGGUUUUCUUAAAAAUGCUGAUAUUUCAAAGAAACUAAACAUUUCCUCUCUUGUUUUCUAGGUUCCAAAUUCUUAGCUUUUUAGCUUAUUUUUUUUUUAAAGUCCAUUUCUUUGUUUUUUUUCUUUUUUGAAGUUUCAACCCCAUAGUUAUGGCUUCUCCAGCUUUUGUUUGAAGCUUAGUAGGAAAAAGAAAAAGAAAAUGGAGUUUUUGUAAUGCUGAAGAGCAAUGGACAUGGACAUGAAGAUGAAGAUGAAAUCUCUUUUAACUUUUGUUUUGUUUUGGCUUGUUCUUUUAGCUGUUAUUGCUUCAUUCCCAGUGAGAUCUUUAACUUUAAGCCCUUCUUUAAAUGAUGAUGUUUUGGGGUUAAUAGUUUUCAAAGCAGACAUUCAAGAUCCAACUCAAAAGCUUUCAUCUUGGAAUGAAGACGAUGACACUCCUUGUAACUGGAAAGGAAUUAAAUGUAACCCUAGGUCAAACCGGGUCACUGAGCUCAACCUUGACGGGUUCUCUCUUUCGGGUCGGAUCGGACGUGGCCUUUUGCAGCUCGAGUUCUUAAGGAAGCUUUCUUUAGCCAACAACAACCUCAGUGGAACCAUAAGUCCCAACAUGGUAAAGCUUGAAAGUCUCAUAGCCAUUGACUUGAGUGAGAAUUCUCUUACAGGUUCCAUCCCUGAUGAUUUUUUUAAACAAUGUGGGUCUUUGAGGUACAUUUCUUUAGCAAAUAAUCACUUUUCAGGUAAGAUUCCAGGGAGUUUAGGUUCUUGUGCUACACUUGCUGCUAUUAACUUGUCCAUGAACCGGUUUUCAGGGUUAUUACCUGUUGGGAUUUGGGGUUUAAGUGGUUUAAGGACAUUGGAUUUGUCUUGUAACAUGUUGGAAGGUGAAAUUCCUGAAGGGGUUCAUGCUUUGAACAAUUUGAGGUCCAUUAAUUUGAGUAACAACAGGUUCACUGGUCAAGUUCCUGAUGAAAUUGGAAGCUGUUUGUUGUUAAGAUCAAUUGAUUUCAGCAUGAAUUUGUUCUCUGGGUCAGUUCCUAAGACAAUGCAAGAGCUUAGCUUGUGUACUUAUCUGAAUUUAAGUGUGAAUUCAUUUGUUGUUGAGGUUCCUGAAUGGAUCGGUGAAAUGGAAAGUCUCCAAACUUUGGAUUUGUCAGUGAAUAAAUUUUCUGGUCAGGUUCCUGAUUCUAUAGGAAAACUUAAGUUCUUGAAGGUGUUGAAUUUCUCUUCUAAUAGCUUAAAUGGUAGCUUACCUGCAUCAAUGGAAAACAAUAUGAACCUUCUGGCAUUGGAUAUUAGCCAGAACUCGUUGACCGGUGAUCUUCCUGGAUGGAUUUUUAAAUCCGGUCCGAACCAAGUCUUGUUUUCGGAGCAAAAAGUUGGUGCAAAUGUGGAUAACCCCAUUUCAGCUUCAUUAGGAGCCUACCUUCAAAGAAUUCAAGUCCUGGAUUUAUCUCAGAAUUCAUUUUCCGGGGAAUUAACGUUCGAUAUCGGGGCUUUAAGCAGCUUGAAGUUGUUGAAUCUGUCUAGAAACUCUCUCAUUGGACCUGUUCCAGGAACUGUUGCAGAGUUGAAGGCCUUGGAAGUUCUUGAUUUGAGUCAAAAUCAACUUAAUGGAAGCAUUCCUAUGGAAAUUGGAGGAGCUUACUCCCUUAAGGAUCUUAGGCUCAAAGCAAAUUUCAUAGAGGGAAAAAUUCCUUCAUCAAUUGAGAACUGCACUUUGCUAAGGACUUUGAUCAUAUCACAAAACAACCUGAGUGGUCCGAUCCCUGCCAAAAUUGGAGAACUGAGCAACCUAGAAUACGUGGACUUGUCUUUCAACGACCUUGUGGGAAGGUUGCCGAAGCAGUUAGCCAAUCUUCCCCGUCUCUUAUCAUUCAACAUUUCCCACAACAAUUUACAAGGAGAACUGCCUGCUGGUGGAUUUUUCAACACCAUAUCGCCUACGGCUGUCUUCGGCAAUCCCUUACUUUGCGGCUCCACAGUUAACAAAUCUUGCCCUGCAGUUCUCCCGAAACCGAUUGUACUAAAUCCUAACACCACUUCUGAUUCCAUUCCUGAUGACUUACCUCCGAAUGUUGGUCGUAAAAGGAUAGUUCUUAGUAUAUCUGCCCUUAUUGCUAUUGGUGCAGCUGCUUUCAUUGUUGUUGGAGUCAUUGCCGUCACUGUUCUUAAUCUCCGUGUCAAGUCAUCAACAUACCACUCUGCAGCGCCCAUUGCUUUUUCUGCUGGGGACGAGUUUAGCCGUAGCCCUACUACCGAUGCCAACUCUGGGAAACUUGUCAUGUUUUCUGGUGAACCUGACUUUAGCACAGGAGCACAUGCUAUGCUCAACAAGGACUGUGAGCUUGGGCGUGGUGGGUUCGGAGCAGUGUACCGAACAGUUUCGCAAGAUGGACGCGCGGUGGCAAUCAAGAAGCUCACUGUCUCAAGUCUUGUGAAGUCACAAGAAGAAUUCGAAAGGGAAGUCAAGAAACUGGGGAAACUACGGCACUAUAAUCUUGUGGCGCUUGAGGGCUAUUACUGGACUCCAUCGCUGCAACUUCUCAUUUCUGAAUUUGUAUCCGGUGGAAGUCUACACAAACAUCUUCAUGAAGGACCGAGUGGAAAUUACCUUUCUUGGCACGACAGGUUCCGUAUCAUUCUAGGGACAGCGAAAGGCUUGGCUCACUUGCACGAAUCAAACAUUAUUCACUACAAUAUAAAGUCGAGCAACAUCCUCAUCGAUGGUUCAGGUGAACCUAAAGUGGCAGAUUUUGGCCUAGCAAGGUUGUUGCCUAUGCUAGACCGCUACAUUUUAAGCAGCAAAAUUCAAAGUGCACUUGGCUACAUGGCACCCGAGUUUGCCUGCCGAACCGUGAAAAUAACCGAGAAAUGCGAUGUGUAUGGAUUCGGUGUUUUGGUUAUGGAAGUGGUUACUGGGAAGAGACCUGUUGAGUACAUGGAAGACGAUGUCGUCAUCCUUUGCGACAUGGUACGAGGAGCAUUGGAAGAAGGCAGGGUGGAAGAAUGUGUUGACGAAAGGCUGCAAGGCAAAUUCCCAGUAGAGGAAGCGAUUCCUGUAAUGAAACUAGGCUUAAUCUGCACGUCACAAGUACCAUCAAAUCGGCCAGAUAUGUCCGAGGUAGUUAAUAUAUUGGAAUUGAUCAGAUGCCCCUCAGAAAGCCAAGAUUCGGGAUGAGUUUUAACUUGUUCCUUAAGAAACUGAGAUUUAUUAAGGGGUUAUCUGGCGAAGAAGAAUCCGGUUUUUGUUCCCUUUCGUUUUUGUUUUACGGUUUACAUUCGUGAUUCCUUCUGUAUGUUAUAGUUCAGUUUGCCGGAUUCCUCUUCACCGGUUUCCAUUUCCAGGGACCCCUUAGGUUAUUGUUACUAAUCUGCAGUAUUUUGCAAUUUUUUGUUCA